UGCAAUAUUCUGGGUUUGCAGUGUCCAUGUGAUUGUCAAGGUCCUACAAUGGAAAUUGAGGACAAAGGUGGGCAAUGCAGGAGUUCAAAUGAUGAAGUUAAUGAUGAAGUUAAAGAAAGAUCUAUAGACCAAAGAGAGGCUCUUCCCGGUGAGCCUAAGUGUGUUAUUUGCAGCCGUUAUGGUGAGUAUAUAUGCGAUCAAACGGAUGAUGAUGUUUGCAGUUUGGAAUGUAAACAGACUCUACUAGGCAGGGUUGCCAACACCCAAUUGGCAGUUAGUCACUGUCCUCCAAAACGAUUGCCUGCUAAUGAUGAGUGCUUUUAUGUUAGAGAUGCUGGCGGUAAAUCUGGGACCUCAGUCAUACCUGAUGAUCAGACUGAGUCGCUUAGAACAAGACUUGAUAUUCAUGUGCAGGGAGACAUAGUUCCAGGACCUAUCUUGUCAUUUGCUUCAUGUAAUCUUCCGCAAAAGCUUGUCCAAAAUAUAGAGGCUGCAGGCUACGAAAUGCCCACACCUGUCCAGAUGCAAGCAAUUCCGGCUGCUUUGGAUGGCAAAAACUUGCUUGUCUCUGCCAACACAGGCUCUGGUAAAACUGCUUCCUUUCUGGUUCCAAUUGUUUCUUGUUGCUCACAUUUUCGCUUUGAGCACUUAACGGGCCAGAAAAGGCCAUUAGCUAUGGUUCUAACUCCAACUAGAGAGCUCUGUAUACAAGUUGAGGAACAAGCUAAGUUGCUUGGAAAGGGUUUGCCUUUUAAAACUGCACUUGUGGUUGGUGGUGAUGCCAUGCCCAGACAACAUUUCCGCCUUCAGCAAGGAGUUGAGCUCAUUGUGGGAACUCCUGGAAGACUAAUUGAUCUUUUAGCAAGCCAUGAUAUUGAAUUGGAGGAUGUAAGAAUUUUUGUUCUUGAUGAGGUAGAUUGCAUGCUCCAAAGGGGCUUCCGGGAUCAGGUGAUGCAGAUAUUUAGGGCUCUAUCACAACCCCAGGUUUUAUUGUAUUCUGCAACAAUGUCCCAAGAUGUAGAGAAGAUGGUGAACUCUAUGUCAAAACAUGUUACUAUAAUCUCUGUUGGCAAGCCUAACCGACCAAACAAGGCUGUGAAGCAGGUGCCUAUAUGGGUUGAGACGAAGCAAAAGAAGCAAAAGCUUUUUGAUAUAUUGAUGAGUAAGCAGCAUUUUAAUCCACCUGUUGUGGUUUAUGUGGCAUCAAGACUUGGGGCAGAUCUCUUAUCUAAUGCAAUUACAGUCACCACUGGUGUGAAAGCUUUAUCAAUUCAUGGGGAGAAAUCCAUGAAGGAGAGGAGAGAUGUCAUGAAGUCAUUUUUAGUGGGUGAUGUUCCUGUUAUUGUAGCCACUGGUGUUUUAGGCCGUGGACUUGAUCUUUUGAGUGUAAGACAGGUUAUUGUUUUUGACAUGCCCAAUUCCAUUAACGAGUAUGUCCACCAGAUUGGUAGGGCAUCUAGAUUGGGAGAAGAGGGUACAGCGAUUGUGUUCGUAUGUCAGGAGAAUAAGAACUUGUUUUCAGAAUUGGUUGAAAUGUUAAGAUCUUCUGGUGCAGCCAUACCUAGGGAGCUUGUUAGAUCACAGUCAUACACCAUUAACCGAGGCCAGAAGAGAAGAAAACACGGGUAAAUGAGUAAUGAUCUGUUCCAUAACUCAAUGUUUGUGCUUUAGUCUCUUUCUGCAUUAUUUUUCUCUUCCAUCUGUAGUACUUAACUGUAAUGUGUUCUGUAGCUCGAUGAAAAUAAUUUAUUCACGAAUCCAAUUUUUACACCAUAACUCAAAGUUACCCUUUGCAUGGUUUUCAGAAAAGAAUAUUUCCUAAAAUCACAACUCUAUUCAUGUUUUAAGUUAGUAGACAUCUUUUGAACUGUAAGGCACUCCUUUUCUUCACCAUCAUUCAAUCUUUUUACAAAGUCAUAUUUCAGUAUCACUUGGCUAUCCAUCUUGUGAGUUCUGUUUUGAGUAGCUC